AUGGCAACAUAUCUAGUCACAUGUCCCUCGGGGCAGCAAGGGAGAGCCAUCAUCCAGCAUCUUCUCGCUGCUGGUGUCAAGAUCCACGCAGUGGCACGAAACAUUAGGAGUGUACAAGCUUGCCUUCUGAAAAAGCAAGGUGUUGUACUCUUUGAAGGCGACAAUGACAACUUCGCCGUCUUCCACAAGGCUGCCCAAGGCUGCAGGGGGAUAUAUCUAAAUUUGCAGCCAUCACCAACCGAUAAAAAUGCGCAGCAAAGGCAGACCCGCGGGAUUGUACAAGCGUGCAAACAGGCCGGGGUAGAGACCAUUGUGUUAGCAACCGCCUAUUUCACUGGCGACAGCAGCAAGUGGGACAGUCCACUCGACAAAAGGAGUGGCGUGCGAGGCUACUACAUCGCUAAAGCAGAGAUGGAAAUGAUGGUCCGCGAAGCUGGCGUCAAGCACUACACGAUCUUGCGCCCCGCGUGGUUCCACGCCAAUUACCUGCUGCCGUACAGCGUCUGGCACUUUCCUGGACUCAAGGACGGUGGCGAGCUUGUGCACUCAUACGAGGAUGGCGUGAGAAUGGCACAUAUUGACGAGGACGACAUUGGCAAGUACGGUGCCGCGGCGCUGUUGAACCCCGACAGAUUUGGUGGUCAGGAAAUUGACCUUGGAAACGAGAACUUGACGAUACAAGAGGCCGCCAAUAUUAUCCAGAAGGUCAGCGGACGCCCGAUUAGAGUCAGGAAGCGCAACCAAGAGGAAAUCAUAGCGGCAAGGAAUAUCGUUCCCACACAGACAUUCCAACUAUGGGCCAAUAUGGUCGACCUCACCAUUGAUGGAGAACAAGUUCAGCGGAGUUAUGGAAUUCGUCUAACUACCUUCGAGGAGUACCUUGAGAGAGAAAAGCACAGGCUUCUGAAAUCACUCCCUUAUUAA